UGAUUAAAGUUUCCCUCGUCCAGGAGUUGCUUUAGUGUGCGCUUUUUGUGCACGUGAGAAUGUUUUGCAUCUGUGCGCAUUUUACGCAAAGCGCGUGCUGUGCGUCACCGUGCAGGACUCCUGUCCACACUCACGAGCUUCUGGAAAAAAAAUAAAACUAAGAACGUGUCCAAAAGUGUUUGGACUCCUUGUGCAUCAGGAACACAAUUCGGGAUGUCUUUAAAUUAAAUCGCUCUAACGAAAUCAUGAAUCCAGAUUUGGAAAGAAAUCCAGAAUAAAUGAUUUAAUAUCGAGUUGGAUUAAAACAACAACAACGCAUAAAAAAUCAUUUAUAAACCUGCGUGAACAUGAGAAGCUCGUGAGAACCACGGAGCAUUGUGCAAUCUAAUGUUUAGAUGUUUAUCUGAUGGGAAAUUGUUUUGGACUUGUGCAUUUCAGUAGAAAUGUAACUGCAGACUGAAAUACAACACAAAUCAGAUCGUCACAAAUCGGUUCGUGUCGCAGUCUGAAGUCUGAACCUCGAAAUGAAGGAGUCGCUUAAUUAGUCUCGACCCACGUGACUGCGGGGGAUCUUAACUCGCGCGCUGUUCUGAGGAUUCAGGUGGGCUUCGGGUGCAUCAGCUCAGAAGACCCCCUUGGUUCUUUUUCUUUUCUCAAAGUACAGGGAGUCUGAUUCGGCUGAAGGCUCAUGAAGGCUGAAAGCGACGCGGGGAACAGCGGUGGCGGUGCGGGUGGCGGCGGCAGCGGCUCGGGCGCGUGCUGCGUAAACCGGCUGCUGCGCGCGGUGGAGAGCGAGCUGCGCGCUGGACGCGAGAAGGGAGACCCCACGGAGAAGCAGCUGCGCGUGAGCCUCGAGGACGCCGAACUGUGGCGCAAGUUCCGCGAAGUCACCAACGAGAUGAUCGUCACCAAGAACGGCAGGAGGAUGUUCCCGGUCCUGAAGGUGAGCGUGUCUGGUUUGGAUCCCAACGCCAUGUACUCUUUCCUCCUGGACUUCAGUCCGGCUGACGGUCAUCGCUGGAAGUACGUGAAUGGCGAGUGGGUGCCUGCUGGCAAACCUGAACCCCACAGUCACAGCUGUGUGUACAUCCACCCCGACUCUCCAAACUUUGGUGCGCACUGGAUGAAGGCCCCAGUGUCAUUCAGCAAAGUCAAACUGACCAACAAACUCAACGGAGGUGGACAGAUCAUGCUGAACUCUCUCCAUAAGUACAAGCCACAGAUCCACAUUGUCCGUGUGGGAGGAAGCCAUAGGAUGGUGACCAACAUCUCCUUCACUGACACUCAGUUCAUUGCUGUUACAGCCUACCAGAAUGAGGAAAUAACCGCUCUGAAGAUAAAAUAUAACCCCUUCGCUAAGGCCUUCCUGGAUGCAAAGGAAAGGAACCAUCCCAAGAACUUUCUAGAACCUCCUCCUGAGAAUCAGCAUGUCAGCAUACCACAUUGUGGCUGGUACAUUUCGAACCCAGACUCCUUUUGUUCCUCAGGGAGCAGCAAUUUCCCCUACACAGGUAGUUUGCCACUGACCCCACACCAUGGCUACAAACACUACUCCGGUCUGCAUGGACAUCGAGCCACUCCGUACCCACCUCCAUAUCUGCACCACCAUCACCAUCACCACCACCGUGGACACAAUUCAGUCUCUCUGUCCGAUGGUCUGAGUCCAGGUGCUCUGCAGGUGUUCUCAGGCCACGAGACCUGGACAGGUGUUUCUCCUCCUGGUCCUGCAGCGAUGCUGUCAGUUCCGUCUGGUACAAACUCACCUGGAGUCAGCAGUCAGUACCCCUGCUUGUGGACAGUGAGUGGCUGCGGUGUGUCCUCCACUCCUCCAGGAGGUGCUCUGAGCUCCGCCCAGUGUCAGGAGGAGCGGCCUGAUGCAGGCUCUACCUCCGCUUCACCAUGCUCGCUCCUGCAAGGUCAAGGACCCACGAGGGCGGAUGUAGUGUCAGAGCAAGCCAAUCAUACCAGGGUGGGCGGGGCUAGCUGGUCAGCAGGCUCCAACCAUUCUUUUUAAUUAGUGUAAAAGUUUGUGCAAACCAGCACGUGAGCUCUCAGCAGUUCAGAGUUCCUAAUUGCCAAAAGAUUGUGUGUAUUUGAAGCAUGUCGUUUAAUUUCCUGUAUGCUUGCUUUUCUGAUGCACAGGUGCAGGAGCUCGGCUUUACAGCUCUAAGUGUUAACUAAAUCAACUCUCAAUGCAAGUCAAUGCAACUGGCCUAGAAAAGUCUGAGCAUAAAAGCCCAGUGAUGCUACAAAAAACAGAUCAAGAGCCUGCACACUAAAAGACAUACAAAAUUAAAAUAAUGCAUCCUCAGCAGGAAAAAAAAUAAAAUAAAUUUGUCCAAACACAAA